CAGAGGUUAUGUAGUCAUGACGUCUUCACUGUUGGAAGCCUUUCAUAUUGUUAUGGUUUGCAUGUGCAAUGACGUCCGCACUCUAAUGAGCCUUUUAAAAAUAAGUCCUGAUGUAUUCCAGCAAUGUAAAAAAAAUGUACAUUGCGCGUUAGAGGCAGGAGAUGCCAGGAUGACACCGUUAUUAUUCUGAAGAAGGAGAAGACGUACCUGAUGAUGGUGAUUUUGAAGUCGUCCUCUGCCAGGCUUCUCCAGAAUCCAUUGAGGAACUCCUUACACCAGCGGUGAAGAGAAGGAUUUAUGGCAAAGCCAGCCCACAAGACUUCCAGGUGGCGAUUCUGACCGCCUUCGCCUUCCCGCAACAUGUCUCCACGUAAAAGACCCCUUGUUCCUGUGAGCAAGCGUCGGAAAGCAGCGGAUGACCACUUCCCUUUCAACUUGCUGCCAGCGGAGUGCCAGCUGCACGUGUUGUCCUUCCUCAACGAGGUGGAUAAAUGUAGCUGUGCUCUGGUUUGCCUGAGCUGGAGCCGCCUCGUUCGUUCGUGGAAGCUCUGGCGGGUGGCGGACUAUUCCCGUCGCGGAGUCUUCUACCUGGGUCAAGAGGGACUGCUCGUGUCCAAUCGUGUGUUUGAGAGGUGGAAGUCAUGGGUUCACCACUACACCUACCACCUCAUUUCACGCCGGGCCAGCCUGCUCACGCUGAAGGCCAGUUUUGAUUUGGGGGACCGCUGCAAUAAGUGGGGCGAUCUGCUCAGCCACCUGCUGGACAACGUCCACUGCAGGGACCUGAGUCAUCUGGACCUCAACUGGACAUUUACUCUUCUUGAACCGCUGGAUCUCAGAGUGCACUCCAGCUCCAGCUCCCAUCAGGACAGCAUUACCAAGAUGGACCAGGUGACCAGUUUCCAGGAGCUGUUAAGCAAACUCACCCAGAGCUGUCCGCGCAUCACCAAGAUGCGCUUACACUUCGAUUGGUCAGAGUUGUCCGUGUCGCUGCUCAGCUGUUUCCAGCAGCUCAAAGUCCUGGAGCUCAAGUACUUCUGGGUGUUCAAAGGAGUGACUCCAUCCACGCUGCAGACCCUGACCACAUCCCUCCCCAACCUGAAGUCUCUGACCUUGCAUAUCCUGGUGCCGCUGAGGAACCUCGGUAUCUCCUACACUCUGGAGUCGCUGUCUUUGGAGUUCUUGGACGUGUCGCAAAGCAGAGGCCUGGUCUUCUCGUGUCUGAAGCUGCCCACUCUGCGCGAACUCCGAGCCAAGAAGAUCGUGCGUGGCAUCACACUGGACAGACGCACCCGGCUGCGGAUCCAGAGCCGAUGGCCCUGCAUGUACCACGUCCUCCGGGAGGGUACACCGAGGCUCCAGGCCCUCAACAAUGAGAGACUCCUACCCACAUGGCGAGAGAAGAUCUAUGAGGAACUGUCAGUCAUCCUGGAGCAGUCCUGUUACUGUGUCCAGCAUCUGGACAGCUGGCUGUGGUAGCCAAGCUUCAACUGGAGAGUAAUACCAGCCUGUGUCUGAUGUUUGCCUGGAGAGAAGUGGCUUCUAUGCACCCUUCUUGACACCAGACCGUCUUGUAAAAGUCUUCAGCUCACUGGACGUUGAGAUGCACUCACGCCUGCCUGCUACUGCUGGACUUCCUUGGGCACCCUGAAACCUUCUUAGCAACAAUUGAACCUCUCUCCUUGAAGUUCUUAAUGAUCUAAUGCAAGGUUGGUUUCGGUUCAAUCUCACUAGCAGCAAUAUCCUUUCUCGUGAAGCCCUUUUUGUGCAAAGCAAUGAUGACUGCACAUAAUUCCUUGCAGGUAACCAUGGUUAACAGUGGGGGAAAAAAAUAUUUAAAGCACCGCACCCCUUUUUAAAGCUUCCAGUCUGUUAUUCUCACUCACUCAGGAUGACAUGGUCGUCUUCAGCCUUUGUCCUUGUUGACAGUCUCACUUAUGCUCACCAAAGAAUCACAGCUUGUCCUUUUGUGCCAGGGCUGAAAUGCAGUGGAAAGCUCAUUUUCAUGACAAAGAGGACUUUGCAAUGAAUUGCCCUUCAUCUUAUCACUCUUCCUUAACAUACUGGAGUAUAUGCAAAUCACCUGAGGCAGAAGACUUUGUGACAAUUAGUAUUUGUCAUUUUCAAAACUUCUGGGCGUGACUUUACUUCCUGCAGUGGCUAUUGUCUCAUCAUUGUAACAUUACCGACAGCUAGCGACCAGUGGACGAUGCACUACAAUCAGUUCAUGAAAAAGCAGAGAAGACAUGUGCAGUGAACAUGCACACAGGAGUUGCUGUCAGCCACAACUCACGUCAGCCACUGCACCCUCGAAACACAGUCAACUCUAGCUAGCUGACUGCUAGUUGGUAUUCUGCCUGGGUGCAGCCCUUUCAAGAUUUAAGCGUUGACGAGCUAUAAUCAGCAGACUGACUCCUGAUUCCUUCUUAAACACCAUCGGGACAGGCCCCUUUCACCUCUUCUCUGCUCAGCCUCAUGUCUCUCUCACCUGGGCAGUCUGCCUUCAGUUACAAAGCUAGUGAAGACGGGGGUGGUGGACAAUCGUUAUGACUUAUUGUCCCCUUGUGUCUGUCCUUAUUCUGUGCAUUUGCUCAGGACGCCUGCCUGUUGCAAAGGUUAAAAAUAUCGAAACACACACUGGCUGACAGGCAGGGAUGACACCUCAGCUGCAGGGGCCACAGCGGGAGAAAAUCAUUCAAUCAUUCAUUCCAGUCGUCCAUUGUCUGGAGUUUUGGAAUGUCUUCUUCCAGUUUAGGUCCAAUAUUUCCUAAAUAAUUGUUGAACAUUUCAAGUAGCUCAUUCAUAUCAUCCUUAUAGUGUUGUUAUAGUGUUCUUAGUGUUUCCCACCAUCAAAUAGUCUGCCUUCUUAGUGCUGUUCCUUAGAACACUGUUUAUUUAUAUUGAUCUCAUCUUAUUUCUAUUCUUAUCUAGUACAUGACUAGAAUAUUCCAGGCGUUUUUUUUAGUCCUUUUGUCUUCCAUGGCUGCUUGUUGUAGAAAGUGAUCAUAUGCUUCAUCCAUUUUCUGCACUCUAGACACUCUCCCAUCUUUGUUCUAGAUCUUUCCUGAGAGUGCUGACACUAUCCUCCGUGCGCAGUCUUUGUAGCCAGCACCUGUCUUUUAUGCUGAUGUUCAUUGUAAAUGACGAACACUGGAAGAUGGUGACUGACGAACAGGCCGCUAGUUGUGUCAUUUCAUAUCCUUCCAGCUCAAAGCCCAAACCUUUGUUAGCAUGAAUCCUCGUGCCUGAGAUUGCUUUGACGGGUUCCUUGAAUUGGUGGAAGAGCUUUUCAGUGAAAAUGAGAAAAUUGUGGCAAUAAAGUGGCUGGUCCGUAGCUUGUGAAUCGAUUUCGUUUGUCUCCAGUUUUGAAAAUUGUACCGCUUUAGUUGUUUUCAUUUUAUUUGGAAACAUGAAUAAAAAUAAAAAUGAUAUGCAUUGGUCAAUGGUUCUGCGAUUGUCACAUCUGGGGUGGGGGCGAAAAGGACAAAUCCCAAGAUGCAGAGGCAAGGCCAGCCCAGGUGUGUAAAGUCUCUUUUCAUGAUGCCAAAAACAGCUGCAAGACGGAACUCAAAAAUGAGGAAAAAGGGCACCGCAACAAAAUGUAAAACUAGAAACUAAAGAGUAACAGAACCUGUAAGUCAGGCGGGCGACUGGGCUAGCAGGAAGGCGAAUAAAGAACAAGAAGUCUUGGAAGACGAGGAGGUCGUCGAAUGGCAUAUGGGUAAGGUAAUAAUCCAGCAACUUCCUCCUGCAGCUGAGGUGAAUAAGAAGGAUGGCUGAUGGGAAACAGCUCUGUCUGACUCCAGGAGAGCCGAUAGCGGUGUCCCAUUUGGGGGUCUGCAUCCUUCAAAGAACCCAGCCUCUGCGGGCUAUUUGCUUGAAGAGGAUAAUAUUUGACUGAUGGACGUCGCCGGCACACAGUCUUCCAAAUGCCUUAUAUUUGCAGUUUACUCAAUUUAGCCGUUUUUAUGUUUGAAUGUGCUGAAGGCAAAAAACAGGUAAAAUAUGCAUUAAAAAACUACAGGCCGGAUUCAAACAUGAAGCAGCAGGAUGGAAUAUAUUAUACUUUUGAAAUACUCAAAUAAGAGUGACGCUACAAAACUCCAAUGGCAAUGUUGCGAGGGAUGACCGCAGCUGGUCAAGUAGUUCAAACGUUACAGCCUGACUGCUUGGAAGACACCCUGGGCGACAUUCCCCAGUCGAUAUUCAUACCUUUAUGCAUUAUAUUCCAAAAAUAAUACAUUGCUGAGCAUGAUUUGGGGGUCAUUUGGGGGACCAAGGCACACCUAAUCAAUGGAAAGGCGCAUCCUCAGUGUCCCUUGCUCUGCCACAGAUGUCAGGCUGUCCAGUCCGAUUCAUCAUCCAGAUGCAUUCCCAGGGUAUCAUGGCAGACUUUGCAUUGCAAUGUCAUAUUGGGUGAUCUGUGCUAAAUGACAAAAGGUCCUGAACUGGUAAUACACAUCAGGUUUAUUUGAAAUGCCAUUGCCUUUACAAGCCCUAAAAGGCAUACACAAACAUGGCAUGGGCCCACUGGGAUCAUAACAGCCCUCUCCUGUAGUUUUGACACAUCUCGAAGCACAGUUCCAACAGAGUAUUUCCACGUAGUGGCUGUGUGGACCUCCACUUUCUAUCACACGCCACCAGUAUGAUGGGUCAUUUUAGUGGUUUUCAAACAGGGAUGUUUUCGUAUAAAGUGGCACAUGCCUAGUUGCCACUGUCCUGCAGGAAGCUACACCAUAUAAGCAGAAAAUAACAUUCUGGGAGGUCUGUGAAGAGCUAUUAGCCUUCGCCUGACAACUACAGGGCUUGUACAAUGCAUUGUAAACAAACGUGGCUGUGAAAAAGGCAUAGCAAAGGAAGAAUUUUUAGCAAUAUACAAUAUUAAAAGGGAAAGAAUUGUAGAUAUACAUGAAAGAGAAUUGAAAUGCAAAUAGAAAAAACAACAGGUGAGACAUGUGAGCACAUUUUUCUUAAAUUCCAAAAGUCAGUGCAGUGCCUUCUUAGGCUGGUCCUCAUGUCAGGUCUACGUUUCCCCCAAUCUACAAGACCUGGUCCACAAAUGAUACGUUUGCACUGAGCUCAGCAUUUUUACCUCCAAUUGUGUUUUACUUUGUUACCCAGUGCCUCACAAGUCCAGCUGUGAACUAUGACAGCUUAAGAAUUUCACGUGUUCCCCCACCGAUCAUUAAAUAGACAACACAUUCAAUGCAACGAAUGUCGAUCGAUGAUCGUCUUUCUGCCUGCAUUUCCUCCUCGAAAAACUUCACAGAUGGGAGCUGCUGCUAGAUUUCCCGGUAGAGCAUCACAGCAAGGAACAUGGCAGAGAGCUGGAAGAAAGAACACGUUUGAACAGCAACACCACCACUAGAUGGCGAUCUCUCCAUACUAAAUGCUACUCUUUCAUUUGCGGUUCAACCCUUUCAACAUACAAGUAGUAUGAAGAAAAAACCUGUUCAAACAGAAGCUCUCCAUACCUCAACGACCAGGAGCACAAUGACCAGCGCUGCCCCGAUAAAGGGGUACGUUUCAUAGACGGAAAGGACUUUUUCAUAGCAGCCCUGCGGAGACAGUGAAUGACAACUGAGACAGGUUGUAGCCGCAAAGAAAGAUUCUCUCGUUUAUCCCGGUUAACUGGUUCCAGAACCCACCAUGAUAAGUGGAUUUCUGCCAAGUAGCAUUCAUUAUGAAUGAAAGGAUGCUUUUCGUAGUUUGGAAAAUCUGUUUAUGACCUUCCAAAUCCACUUUUCCUCGAGACAUGACACCGGAAUGCUACACAUGGCUGUCUUUCAAUAUCUUCACAAUGGUACUUUAGUUCACUCAGCCAUUUCGACAAUGGAAAAUGCUUCAUUCAGCCAAAAGUACAUACAAUUAGUGUGUAUUUUGACGAACAAUAGGUCUUAGUUCAACCACAAAAUCAUGAAUACAUUUUGGAAAGGCCAUCAUAGCACGACGUGGCGAGGGGCAACUGUAUUAAUAUAGCAAACUUUGGAUUUGUGGAUUCAGCCAAAUUCUAUUUCGAGGGCAGACGCCUAAUAUUUGGAGAUACGAGGCUACUCGUCUUUGCUCAGGAUAUCUGCACAGUUCAGAUAAACGGGACAAUUACAACUCCGAAGUGCGCCUGCAGUUGCUGCCGUGCAAUGACAUGAUGGACUUACUGGAUGGAGGAAGAACCUGGAGCACUUACAAAAAAGCAAUACAAUUGUUUAAGGUGAGCCUGAAUGGAGUGGGGGCGGGGAGGGCUACAUAAAAAAAGCGUUUGACUGCAUGUCAUUUGUUAACCGCCACACUAGUUUUUCAUACACGAAAUGCACAAGACACCCGCAUUGCACACAUGCUGAGGUUUGUGCCUUUUAUCACCCACCAUUAUCAAGCUACAACCAUUUGAAUUUGUAAUGUCGAAAGUGAAAACAAAUUCCAGACAUUCCAGAAAAUGGACAACCUUUUUAGGCCUGGAAAACCAAAAAGUUUUCCGACUUUUUUUUUUUUAAGUUCCGUACAGGCACCCUACUUCAAGUUGAUCCUGAAUUAACCAGAAAUCAUGGAAAAACAGUCAUCUGGUCAUACUGGAUGUCAUCGAUUACCUCCAUGGAAGGUCAUUUUAAAAAAACAUGGAAUCAGAACAUACCACCAACAUAAAUCCUUUGUGGGUUUCUGGGUCGGCAAGAUCGAAUGCCUCGCAACUUGUCAGCGCAGGACUUGGAUUUUCCAGGGUGUUGCAGCAGUCAUCCCGAUAAGUUUCGUUCUUGAAAUCUUCCAUGCCAUUCACUCCACAGCACCCAAACUGAAAUGAGAAAAGAACGAGAGAUCCUUUUACUGCACGUUUUUUAACGUGUGCAUAUCUUCAUUACGAUUCUCCAGUCUUUACGUGUCUUGACUACAAUGACGAAAACAAACGUUCGAGUGGCCACCGAUCUGGUUCAUACUGCCAUGCUCUCACGUCCAAUUACACGUCGACAUAAACGGUGCUUUCAGCUUGCUGAUGCCACAAGAGUAGCACGUGUUUUUCCACGGGAUUAUUGUGCCUGUGUAGAAUACUACACUUCUUUAACGUCUUUCACAUUUGACGUCCAACAGAAGCGGCCCAUCGACCGUGUACCUGGAAUUCAGCCUGCAUGGUAGACCCGGACUUCAUGAGUUGGUCAUCAGCAGGGUCGCACUGGAAAUGUGGCGCCUGACCGAGCCGCCAGAAACACGGGGACUGGGAUACAAACACUUGCCUCUGAAGUGUAAGGACUCACCUCAGCCAUGACUUUCUUCCAAUGAUCUUUAGAAGUUUCUGGGAGAGACUGGUCAUUUGUUUGUCCAGGGGAGAGUUGGAGUGCGUUCUUGUUGCUGGGGACGUAUGCUAGUCUCAGUUGCUCAGUUAAGGAUUCCUUUUGGAGCUAAAACAGGCAAGAGAACAUGAAAGAAGUUUAAGCCAACCACAAUCACUUUAAACUUUGGAUACCAGAGCUUACUGUUACACGGUUUACAAAGACCAAGAUGAGACCGAGCAGCUGCAGCACGUAGAUGAGGCUGACGGCCAUGAAGAACUGUAAAAAGCCAGCAGAGGGAACAAAAAACGUCAGUGAAAAUCACAUUGUCAACAUCAACUCUAGCGAGUUAGCCGCCAAGUCGCCACAGUCUCCAGGUGCACAGUCCUCUCUGUCAAAUUAUUUUGAAUAUUUGAUCUUAUUAGCUCGCACCUCUCAAAGUGUGGUCAGUAAUAAUUCCAUCGAGCCUCGCCUCCAGCCGCCACCUUUGAUCUUGUAGGUAGAACUAUUUGUUUAUCCGCCUUCCAUCACACGAUCUGACACAGCUAAGUGACGAGUCGCAAUGAGGCUCAUUUAAUGAAGAUUAGGACACACUUCUGUUUGAGAUGCCGCUCUGUCAGACAGGACGAAACCCACGGCGGUGAUAUUGCGCCUCGAGGGUUUGGCUGUCACAGAGCAGGAGGGGGGCGGGGCAGCAGUGAUGAGUGAGACAGACCUCCGUGUCAAGAUUCAGUCUGCCGAUAUGAACGACACGUUUCUCUUUUGUUGAAAAGAAAUAUCGAUUUUUAAAAUAUCGAUAUAUCGCCCAGCCCGACACCCAUAUUCCAUUCAUUAGCUUUCUAUGCUGCUGGUUCUCACCGGUGUUGCAGGGGUACACGACCUUAUCCCAGUCCAAUUUCAGCUUUGCGCGGCUAAUGGCCGCAAACGCAGCAGGUGUUUUUGUAACGGACUAUCGUGCAUAUUAAGAUUCUUUUGAAUGCCUUAUGUUGGGAUUCUACUUCAAUGAGCCAUUCUUAUGCUUGCAUUUUUGCUUAAAUACGCUUUUUUUUCCUCAUCCAGUUCGGCCUUGCACGUGUGUGGAAGAACAAUUUUUCAACCUCGAUUCUAAAAAGAAAAUGGUGGUUCAGUUUCUGCAUGAAGUAUUGUGUACACGUGCUGACGGCAGCAUGUUCAAUGUUGUCAUCCACAAAGCAAAAGAAUCAAAGCUUUUAUUUGAAAAGCUGCAACAUUUUCUUGACUACCACCGCAACCCUAAUGAGAAGCCGUAUAGAAAAUGGAUGGAUGGAUGGAUAAAAGACCCCUACUCAUGGAUGAGCAUGUGCACCUCGUGUCUCCCACACAAGGCAAAACCUAAACAUGUGUACAACAUCAUCAUCAUCUUUGACUCACCAAGCUGAGGGUGAACUGCUUUUCACGGAUGGCUCCAAAGCAUCCCAGGAUGCCCACAAGGAAGACCAACACACUCAAGACCAUGACGCAGUUGACGGAAGUGCUCACCAUGGAGUUGCCCAUCAAGACUUGUCCGAUCGGAUCGUUUUCCAUCAAGAUCCACACUGACACUGCUAUCAUGAAAGCACCAAUCAGCUGACAAAUGAAAGAAGAGUAGAUGGGACAUGACUUGGACAAUGUAGCACUUAGCACAUGGCUACUGAGGAAGACAAUCUCUGAGAAUGAAGUUCCACCCUGUAGGAACCGUCCACCACUCUAAUAAUAGCGUAAGCAUAUUCUAUCAGCGUUUACAACAAAUACACUCAGUCUUUUUCUUUUUUUUAUCAGGUAAAAAGAGGCGAGAGAAUGGCAUAAUGUCAGCCCUGUGUAGGGCUAGCUUUCUCUUCAUGCGUACAGGGUUUAUGUCAUCUGCAAAAAUACAGUGGCAAGUUGUGAGCUGCGAGUUAAGAACAUGGAAAACCAAAAACAUUUUAGCUGGCCGACCAGUAGCUGCUUAUUUCUAGCAGACAAUACUGUGAAAUGGAACGAGUGCGUGUCUCACUCAGUUGAGUGCGAUGCAUUUUAUGUUGAACACUGCAAAAACUUGUUGUCGUAAGAAUGUGUCUUAUUUCUAGUCAGCCUAUAUGAACAGGAUAGUUGGGAUUUUUUGACAUGAAGCUGUAUGACAUCCCCAUCAGCAGUGUAGUCCAAUGACAGCAGCUUACCCCCACUUGGGUCUCCCAAGUGCAGUUCUGGUCGGAUCUUGGUUGCUGGGGACAAUUAAGUCAAGAGUUUGGCUUGUCCAAACAAUAUGUGUUCAAAAGAGUAACACAUUUGCGUCACACAAAUGCCCCCGUCAAAAAAAGUCUGACCUCACGAAACACCUGGCGUUAUUCCCACCGUAUCCCUGCACUGUCGUCUGUGCAUUCAUGUCUACGGGAUGAACACACUCGCGGUAAUGCCACUCUUCCGCAGCCACCUUGCUUACGUACGUGUUCCACAGCGGAAGAUGCUUUAUGAAUAAUUCGGGCAGGCGACAGCGCGCAGCGGUACAGUGGGGGGCACAUAGAACACCAAGCCAUUUGUGAGGUCAUGAAACCAUAUUAGCCUUUAACACAUUGUUUUGAGAAGCCAAACUCUUCACUUAAAUGUCCCCGGCAACUAAGUGGAACUACCUUCAUCAUCAAAAUCCAGUUUAGGAUUUCUAUGUGCACAGUAAGGCUUAGUAAAGACUAGGAUUAUUUCUCCCCUUUUCCCCCUUUUUAAACACAUGGAUAAAUUCAUCUCCAAAAGCACAACCAUGGAGACCCAAGAAAAUACCUCAGCCUGCUUUGUUUUGUUUGUCACAAUAUGAUGACUUUUUCUUUCUUACUUUCCAACUUCCUCUUACUAUUUUCACUUUUGUUCCUGUAAAAUUACCGCUGAUGUUUCCAUUUUUGCUGCGCUGUUUUUUUUCUUUGUUUUCUUGGUCAAUGAUAUUUUUAGAAGUUGCUGUGGGCCACAAAUGGGGCCCCCCGGGCCACACACCCCCGGCUUAACAGAAUCAAGCUCGACCAGAAUGAACUCACAGCAAUGAUGGCGCUGCAGAUGAUCAAGAGACGUCGGAUGCAGUUUACACAGUCGCCCAUGAUGGAUGUCGUCAAUCGUGCUGAAGCCUCUCCUUGUCCCUGGGAAACAAAUACCACACACGUGCUGGUUAAUGAAACCAAGCGGCUGCAGUUUUCCAGGUUCUCAAGAAGGCGUUCCAAUGAGAACAGCAACAUACAGCAAGAUAUUCUGUGUUGAAACAUGCCGUGGAGCUAUCAUUUCAUUUCAGUCUCCAUCAAAGACACAAAAUCAUUGUAUUGGGAAUAAACAGUGUUUAACCUUAACGAUGUUAUGCUUCAUUCCCUUCUACAGUGCUUGGCCUCACUGCACUGGAGCCUAUCCCAGCUGUCUUUGUAGGUCACAAACGACUCGGCUGUAGGAGCCGUCUCUUUAAAAUGAACAUCAGGAGCGUGGUUGUGUCAUUGGGAGCCGAUCAGUUUUUUCCUCAUCUUUUUUCUGUUAAAAGCGAAUGCCAUUGGUGAAGAUGUGUGGCAGCGUCUCUGUCCACACUGAGCAGGGUUAAACGCACAGUGAAAAACUUUUUUUACAUUGGUGGUAAUACAUUUAAGGACAAAACAAUACAGAGUGCCAAAAGAGCCGGCUCGGUUUCGUGAGCCGAGCCAAAAGAACCGGCUAUCUAAAAAGAGAUGAAAUUUCCAUCGCUGCAGUUGACUGACGUACAGCGCUAUUACUUCUUUUUGUCACACUGUUCAAUUUCUGUGUCCCUGAAUGAGCCAUACUUACAAACUUCUUGUCCAAAACCUUAUCGGCAAAGGUGUAAUUGAUGUUUAUCAGUACGUCCAACACUAUUGGCACAGUUACAGAAAAUGCUUUUAGGCAAAGCAAGAAUUUUGCGCAGCAGAUGAACUCCACAUCGUACUUGCUAGCUGGCAGGGCCGGAGGUCCCCCAAGACGUGUGGCGUAACGUUUGCUUUUAUGCUCACCUUGGUCACUUUUGGGGCACAAAGAAACGUCCCAGUUGUGUGGAAAACAUAGCACCUUCAUCCAGGUGACUGUAAAAGCAGGCGUGUUAUUUCGUUGGUCGAAUGUAGCCAACACGACCAAGAUGCGUGUGUGCCUGUGACGUCACCACAACGCCUGCUUUGUUAGUUUUUUUUUGUGUGCGUGUGACCUUCAAAUUUGUCAACAACAAAAUAAUAAUCUUAAGGAAAUCACCUAAGUUGUUCGUUAAAUUCAUUCAUUCAAUGUGUGCCAAUAAUAAGUCAUUUUUGACGCUGUCAGAGGUAUUAUUAUACUUCUAUGUUCAUGUUAAGCAUUGAGGAUCGCUUUGGGUGUCCAAAGUGCGGUCCCGGGGCCAUUUGCUUUGCUUUGAAACUUCAAAGAACAACAGCAGCAAAAAUGGGACAAUCAAGCAAAAGUCAAAAUAUUGAGAAAAUGAUUGUAAUCUAGCAAGGAAAAAAAGUCAUCAUUAUUCAAGAAGUAUUAUUUUUUUAGGUAAUAGUAUGAGGAAAAAUGUCAUAUUAGCAGCAAGACGUUGAAAUAUUAACGUUUUUUUUAAAGUCAAAAACAAAUAAAGUUGCAAUAUUUGGAAACUUAGGUUGGGGGAAAAUGUAUAGCGUGGGAAUAAAGACAAAAGAAGUUGAAAUAUCUGGAAAAUUAUACAAAAAAAAAAACAACAGAAAUUUUUACCAGAGUAAAGUCAAAAUAUUACGAGGAAAAAAACAAUUUCUAAUUUGAAAAAAAUAUGAUAAUAAAUUCAUUUUGGUAACAAUGUUGAAAUAAAAAAAAGACAUUAUUUUUUGAAAAGCUAACAAGUUAAAUUGCGAGAAGAAAAUGAAAAAGGGGGACUUAUGUGACCGAAUAAUACAACUUUUUUUUCUUCUGACUUUUUCCUCCUAAUUUUACAACUUUUUUAAAAAGUCAGUGCCAGAAUAACGUUUUUCGGUGUCGUGUGUGCGGGAGGGAAAAUAGAGCACAGCUCUUCUGGACGGAAGGAAACAUUCCUCUUGCUUCAGACAAGCUUUUAUUUACAACAGGGCAGCAAAACACGGCAGUUGAGCACAAAUGGAUUAGCAUGGAUUAGCAUCACGUCACUUCUGCCUUCCUUACCCCGCUCCCUCCACACGCCCAAACUCAAAGGUCACAUAAAUUUUGGUUUUGAUUGGGUUGAAUUAGAUUAUAUUAUAUAUAGAAUGCUUUGUGUUGUUUCACAUGUCUGAAAGGAGUAGGAAGAAGCAGAGUUUAUUUAAUCCUACCCCGUCUUUGUAUCACAUCAAUUGCUAAUAUUUUCUUUUCCCUUUCCUUUUCCUUUUCUUUCUAUACAUCCCAUCCUUUCUCCCCUGUUGAUAUGCACAUCCUCCGUCUUCGGUGUUGCACCGUGAGUGACGCUGAGUACAGAUACACGAGUUCCUCUUAACUGAGCCGGCCCUUGCAACAAUUAUAUCCAAGUUAUUGUUAUUGAAUGUGGUCCUUCUAGCUCCAUUGGUCUGUCCUGUAGGGUGUGUCCUCCAUUAUGCUUCUUGUCAUAGUAAUAUGAUCUUUAAUAGGCAUCCAGAUCGCUGAUGUCUUGGACAACAAGCACUCUUGCAUCUCCUGGACCUCCAUUUAGUUUGAUGUAGAUGUUGUGGUGAAGAGAGAGCUAAGCCAAAAGGCAAAGCUCUCAAUUUACCGGUCAAUCUACGUUCCUACCAUCACCUAUGGUCAUGAGCUUUGGGUAGUGACCCAAAGGACAAGAUGGCGGAUACAAGCGGCCGAAAUGAGUUUUCUCCGUAGGGUGGCUGGGCUCUCCCUUAGAGAUAAGGUGAGAAGCACUGUCAUCUGGGAGCGACUCAGAGUAGAACCGCUACUCCUCCGCAUUGAGAGGAGCCAGAUGAGGUGGCUUGGGCACCCUGGGGAGGUGUUCAGGGCAAGUCCGACCGGUAGAAGGCCUCGGGGAAGACCCAGGACACGUUGGAGAGACUAUGUCUGGUGGUUAGCAUGUUGGCCACACAGUGACAGUCUGGGUUGGAUUCUCCCUUGGGCGUUUCUGUGUGGAGUUUGCAUGUUCUCCCCGUGUGUGGGGGGGAUUUCUGGGUACUCCGGCUUCCUCCCACAUUCCAAAAACAUGCAUGUUAGCUUCAUUGGAGACUCUAAAUGGUCCAUAGGUAUGAAUGUGAGUGGUUGUCUAUAUGUGCCCUGCCAUUGGCUGGACACCAGUCAGCUGGGAUAGGCUCCAGCAUACACCCGCGACCCUAAUGAGGAGAAGCGGCAUAGAAAAUGGAUGGAUGGAUAUUCUCCUUUGCUUCGUUCUCUUCCUCGAGGGUGGUGAGAAAGGGAGGAUUAUCCUUCAAUAGUGCCUUGAUAUCAUCCUGUAGAAUGUUGACAUUAUUGCAUAAUGCUCUAUUUUGUUUCGUGGGGUCUACAGCGUCUUUAAGAUCAGCACACGAGGCAGCUUCCAUAGGGUUUCUAGCCUCCUUGAGAGCAGUGCGCAAGGCAGCGUUAUCGUCCAAAAAUGCCCUGAUAUCAUCCUGCAGAACCUUAACAUCCUUGCAUAAUGCUGUAUUUCCUUUAGGGUUUUUAGCUUCCCUAAGGCAGCAUUGUCAUUCAACACUUCCUUAAUAUCGUCCUGCAGAGCCUUGAUAUCUUCCAUAGGGUAUUUAACCUCCUUAGGAGCAGCGCUCAAAUCUGCCUUUUCAUCUUGCAACUGCUUGACUUCUUUUCUUAGCGCUUUGAUAGCCUUGCUCUGUGCUAUAUUUUCUUCCAGAAUGUUUGUGACACCAUUACUGGUGUGACGCCACUACAUGACUUCAUGGAGGCUACUGUAAUCACAUUUAAUUUCUGUUUCCAGAAUCGAUAGAUCCUUCCUUCCUCUAUCCAAGACAUGAUUCAAUACUUGUGUCAUCCUCUUGAAAAUAUCUUUGAUUGUUUCAGUUGCUUCGUUGUCCGAGUCCCCUUGAGAUCCUGAAGUUGUUUUUUUUAUUAGGAAAUCCAGAACCAGUGUCAUUUUUGCUUCACUCUAGUCCGUUACUUCCUGAACCAUAAAGAGUGGACGGUUAGAGCAGUACACUUGCUCACUUGAACUUUAUUCGGAACUUACAGCAGUCACCAUUCACACAUGUACAUAGCCCGACUGACUUCCUGUACCGUGUUCCCCACACCAAACAUUCCCCUUGCAACGUGUGCUAAGUAUAAACAUUCCCAUUACAAUCCUACUCUAACAUCAUUUCUCUUUUUUUUCCCCUUUUUUUUCAGUAUAUCCCAAAACAUAGCAAUUGUAAUAAUGACAGAAACUUAAAGAAUGCACACACAUUGCCAAACAUAUCACAUUAUGAAAUUCAACUUUCUUUUGUAUAUUUUAAAUCAACACACAAACUAAUGGAAAAUUACUCUGACAUAUUUCUUUCCCCAGCUAUUCUAGUGAAUGGUCAUUCUACACCAAGACUUGCAUCAAAUUCACUUUUCACUUUUCUUUCCUUUUUUUGAACAUGUACCUAUAAGACAAACCAUUAUAGAAAAAGUCACUGUGAAUAAUCCUUAAGGUAGUAUGGACGAAUAACUCUCCGACCAGACCACGUCACAGUAACAGAAUGGUCCCCUCCGCGCUGCUGACUCAUCCGAUUGGAUGUGUCCUCACCCGGUCCUGCACGUGCGUGGAGGUGUGGCAGGUGCGUGGUUGAUCUGGAGGUGUCGGCGAUUCCUCCGCAGGACUCCUCCUGACUCCACUUGGACUCACAGCCUUCACUACCUUGGCUGGACUCUCACACUGUCACCACUCUUGAGACAGUCCAGGUCCCUUACUGAGCGGUUGUAGUAUCUCUGUUGUCUCCGGCUGUUGUCCUUUAGUCCUUGCUCACAGUGUAUCACCCUCAGUGUCAAGAGUGUGUCCUUUGUUGGCAGCAGGGUCCGAGUCCUCCUACUUAACAGUCUCUGUGCUGGACUUGCUUCCAGGCCCUGGCUCGGUGUGUUGCGGUGGUCCAGUAUAGGCAAGUAUGGAUCCUGCCCAGCAGCUUGAGCUUUCUGCAUUAGAUGCUUGGCAGUUUUCACUACGGACUCGGCCUUCCCAUUGCUCUGCGGGUAUCCCGGUGAAGAUGUUCUGUGCUCGAACUCCCAUCUCUGGCUGAAUUUCUGAAACUCUACAGACGAAUAUUGCAGUCCAUUGUCUGACACGACUACAUCCGGUAUGCCCUGUCGUGCAAAAUGCGCUUUCAGCUUUCUAAUUACCGUGAUACUUUUCGUGUCUGGCAGGUAAUCCACCUCCCAGAAAUUGGAGUAAUAAUCCACUGUAAUCAAAAAGUCUCUGUUGUUCCACUUAAACAGAUCCGUCCCAACCUUGGCCCAUGGUCUAUACGCCAUAUCAUGGGGUCUUAGUGUCUCUCUGCUGCUUGGGGUCGACAGAUCUACAAAUGUCACAUCCCAAGAUGAAUGUCCUCAUCUGGUCAUUCAUGCCUUGCCAAUAUGCACAUUCACGUGCUCUCCUGAGACAUCCCUCGACUUCUCGAUGUGAUGAGUGAAUGCAGUGUGUGAAAUCAGCCCUAAGCUUAUCUGGUAUCACUGCUCUUUCACCUGUGAACACAAUACCAUCCUGCACACUGAGUUCAUCCUGAAACGAGUAGUAGUGCUGAAUAUCUUGUGGCAUGUCAUGUUUACUCUGCGGCCAUCCUGACAGAAUAAAGCCUAUGACUUUCUGCAGUUUAGUGUCCUCUCUAGUGGCCUCUCUAAUGGACGCUAACCUCUCCGUAGAUAUAGGCAAGUAAUUGACCAUGUUUACAGUCUCAAUCUCUGCCUCCACAUCACCUUUUGUGCUGUCUUGCAAAUAUGCUCUGCUCAAUAUGUCUGCCAAUAACAUUUCUUUCCCUGGCACAUAAACUACAGUCCGAUCUUUGCAGCUUUAGAAGCAUCCUCUGCAACCUCUUAGGUGCACUAAGCAGUGACUUUCUGAGUAUGUUCUCCAGUGGCUUGUGAUCACUCUGCACUGUCACCUUUCUGCCGUAAGUAUAUUGGUGGAAUUUUUCCAUUCCAAAAACUAUAGCCAAACAUUCCUUCUCAAUCUUCUCAAUCUCAAUCUCAAUCUCUAUCUCUAUCAAACUAAAUGCUACAGGACUGCCAUUCUGAGUUAGAGCAGCCCCAAGGCCUGUGUCUGACGCAUCACACUGUAGUGUAAGUUCUACACCCUACUUCAACACAGGUGCCUUCGUUAUUUUAUCUUUUAGCCUCUGAAAUGCUGUCUCUUGCACAUCUGUCCAUUCCCACAUAUUGUCUCUGUGUGUAAGCUGUCUCAACACCUCACAGUCAUCCGAUAGAUGAUCAAAGAAUUUGGACAGGUAGUUCACCAUACCUACAAGCCUCUGAACUCCUUUAACAUCAGUCGGUCUGGGCAACUCACUAAUCGGCCGCACUUUCUCCGGGUCAAUCUGGAGACCUUCUGCCGUCAACAAAUGACCAAUGUAAGGCACAGACCGUUGUCUGAGUUUAAACUUGUCAGCAUUUAGUCUAAUGUUUUUCUCCCCGCAUCUAGCUAGGAAACACCUCAAGUUAGCAUCAUGAUCUCUGUCAGCCUCUGUCUUUGUUUCACCUUCCCCAGUGAUGAGCACAUCAUCAGCAAUAAUGUACACACCUCUCAACCCCUCAGAUGCCUUCAUGAGUUUACGCUGGAACACUUCUGGAGCCGAACUGAUUCCCAUUGACAACCUGAGCCAACGGAACCGGCCAGAUGGGGUUGCAAAAGUUGUGAUGUAACUUGACUCUUCACUCAGCUUAAUGUGCCAAAACCCAUGCUUGACAUCACAAACCGUGAACACCUUCGCUUUUGAGAGUUCUGGUAUGUCAUCAAUGGUCCAGAGGCUACAUGACACUACCCGCUACAUGACACUGUGGGUUCCCUUAGCAGCUCCUUCAGCAGCAGACUGUUACACCCACGGUGUAAGAAGGAGAGGUUCCACAGGUCCUUCAUACCGACCGCUGUCAGGCUCUACAACACCUGCACCACCUGAACCAUGUUGUAGACACUAUGUAUUCUUUACACUGUACUCUUUACUUGUCUUGCUGCUGUAACAAGUAAAUUUCCCCGCUGUGGGAUAAAUAAAGUACAUACAUACAACAAUGGUAGCGAGAGGAAAAUGGCUUCUUUUCAGCACCCAGUUCAGUAGUUUAGGAUCUAUGCAGAUUCUCGGUUUUCCAUUGGGCUUGGUCACCGUCCCCAUGCUGCUUAUCCAGUCUGUACUGCAUUCCACUGGUGCAAUAAUUCCAUUCUUCUGUAGUUCUCCAAGUUCUGCUUUGAGUGGUGUUAACAGAGCAACUGGCACUCUGCCUUUAGGCAGUUUCACAGGGAAUACACUCGUAUCCAGUUCCAGGUGGUACUCCCCUUCGAGGCACCCCACAACCUCGAAGACAUCCUCAUAUUCCGCUUUAAUCUCUGCCAGUGUCAUGUUUACAUUGCAUCUGUCUCUUUCUGCACAGCUUUCCUUCACAAUACUGUCCACAGCCAGAAUGUUGUCAUAUUGGACUUUAAUCGGCUUCAUUGCUUCACAAGCCUUCCUGCCAAUUAAAGGAAGCUUGCCUUUCUGGUCCACCACUUGAAAUUCCAACCUGUAUCAUUUGUUGUUACGUGGAUUUCUGAUUUUGACUUUGCACUUUCCCAGUGGCCAAAGUCUACUCUUGUUGUACAGGAGCAGCACCUUCUCUGUAGGUUCUAGUGUGUCAGGAUUCAGCAGUUGUAUCAGCAUAACAUUGCAGGUGGCUUCACAGUCAAUUUGGAAGUCGAUCAGCUUUCUGUUCAGCAACAUGCCUGCAAAAAGUUGUUGGCUUUGCCUUUUGUUUUCCUGCAGUUUAUUCACUACUUCCUGCUUCUUGCUCGACUCUGUUACUGUGGCAAUGUCAUCACAUAAUUCCACAUCCUCUGUGACAGCAUGCACGGCUCUCUGACUUCUGUGUUGCUGUGCCUGUGAUCUGCAUUUAGCAGCAAAAUGAUUUUCUUUGCCACACUUCUUACAAGUCUUUCUGAAAGCUGGACACAGUUUUUUAUUUCUUGCAUGUGUUCUACCACAGAAGUUGCAACUGAUCUCUUCUGUCUUGUGUUGUCGUUUUCUGCACUGCAUGUAUUUCUUCACAGUUCUGGCCUUGCAACAUUCUGCUGUCUUCUUUUGACAGCUCUGUGGCCCUAUAUAUUUGUAGGCACUUUUCCAGGGUUAAAUUCUCCUCCCUGAGCAGCCUCUCUCUCAUUACUGAGCUGUUCGUGCCACACACUAUCCGAUCUCUUAGAGUCUUUUAUGUCUCCAAAAUUGCAGGUGCUGGUAAAAACUUUCAAUUCAGUGGCACACUUGUCUAUAUUUUCUUACAGUUCCUGAUUCCGUACAAAAAAUUGUAUCUUUCCACUCUCUCAUUCAGUUUAGGGUAGCAGUGUCCAUCAAACAGCAACAUCAUUGCACUCACGCUCCUCCUCGCAGAUGCACUGCCGCUCUCGAGCGUGUUUAGCAACUCCCUCCCGCUCUCGCCGAUGAGAUAAUAGAAAAGCUUGACUUUUGUAGACUCCUCUGCGUCCGGCAUAGUCAGGUCCAUGUACAGAAUAAACUCCUCUUUCCAACAUUUCCACGUCUUCGCCAAGUUGGUAGAGUCCAAACAAAGUAUCGGCAGAGGUCGAAGCUGCUCCAUCUUGUGUGAUUCCUCCUCUGUACACACUGUUGCAGUCUCUUGCCGUUAGCUUCUGUUAGCCUCGCUAACUUGUUAGCAGCAUCAUCUCGUUAGCUGUCAGCUGCCUUAAAGUACACUAAGUACCGCUGCCACCAUGUUUCACUCUAGUCCGUUACUUCCUGAACCAUAAAGAGUGGACGGUUAGAGCAGUACACUUGCUCACUUGAACUUUAUUCAGAACUUACAGCAGUCACCAUUCGCACAUGUACAUAGCCCGACUGACUUCCUGUACCGUGUUCCCCACACCAAACAUUCCCCUUGCAACGUGUGCUAAGUAUAAACAUUACAAUCCUAUUGUAACAAUUUUGCUCUGUUUGGCAUUGUUGCUCGGUGACCUCUUUGGACUUCAGCAGUUCACUAGUUAGCUAGACUUGCCAGCAGGUAUCGAUACUUCUAUCUAGUGUAUUUCAAGGAAUCUGUUCCUCUCGCCUAUCCUAGUUAAAGUUGGGGGAUUCAGCAAGUGGCGCUGACCUUGUGUUCAUGAAUUGUAGACAGGAAAGCACCUAAAUAGUUACAAUUUCCAAUAUCAUCAACAGAGCUCCUGCCAUACACGUCCUUCCCCGUCACGACCCCGCCUUAUUAAGACAACUGAAUACUUGCUGUUGUUUGAGUGUAUGUACAGUAAAGCAUUACGGGAUGAUGUACUGGGUUUUCCCCAAGAUUCCAAAAUUAUUAUUACACUAGGUCCCCAACUUACGAACACCCGACUAGCGAACACUCGCUGAUACGAACACAAGCCGACUGGUUUAUAUUUUAUUUUAUUUUGCCUUGUAGUGCUUAGGAAUCAGUAUUUCUACUGCUACUGUACAUGCUUGACCAGUAGAGGGCACUGUGACACUGCUAAUGGGACCAACAGACGCUGGGCAGAGAAAGCUUCUGCUAAAUAGAAAGCUAAGUGUUAGCUUUAUGAUACAACCCGGACAGAGCAUGUGAUUAAAGUUGAUGAAGAGUUAAUAGGCCUGCUUAAUUCUACACCACCCACAGAACACUACCUCUUUUAGAAGAGUCUAACCACCACCACCAUUUGUCCUUUUUUUCAAUAUCUCCUCCUCCAACUCCUCCACAACGACGUAUGCUGGACCACUCCUCUUCAAAGGUAAAUAACAUUUAUCAUUACGUAUUAUUAUAUCACUUUUAUUAUUGUUUUUUUCAUUCAUUAUCCUGGUUUAAUAUCACUACUGCAUCCAAACUCAUAUUUACAUACAUACACAUAUACUGUAUAUGUAUACACGUACAUGUAGUACCUAUAUCAUUGCUAAUAUAAUAAUAACAAUUACACUUAAGAACGGUCGUCUGGAACCAAUUGUGUUCGUAAGUUGGGGACCUAGUGUACUUUUGGUGCUUUAAGGAAAGGAGAAAAAACAUCAAAAUGCCUUGAAUGUAAUUCAAGGGUAAAAAUUGGGUAAUUUUUUAAUUCAUAAAUGCCGAUUUUUUUUAAAAUCACACCAUCCUUCACCAUCCUUCCGCCACUUCUUGUCUUCUCUCAAAUUUAUUAGGCAAAAACCAAGCUGUGGAAUGAUCAGACACAAUGAAUGUUUUGAAUCUAAUGGAAAACCCCUUGUUAAUUCAACUUUCAAUUUCUUUGUUUUUUUGCAAUUUUCUUAUCGUUUGCCUUUUCUAUUUGACUUCCUAUUUGUUUUUUCAAUCCUCUACAAGAGCCUGUUCUGACAUUCUCUUGAACUGACUGGAAGUUGU